AACGGGAUCGUGAGCAUGAGACCACUUACUUCCCGGCUCCACGCUAUACGCCGGGGCUACUCAACUCAACAUGCCGCUACUUCACUGGAGGCUGGAAUCGCCAAGAUCCUGCACACCAAUAAAAAAAUCCCAGACCACCUAUCGCUAACACCAUCGCAUCUUCUGGACCUCUUGUUCUCGGACAUCUUCCCAUCGCCUGGAUCUUCUUCACUCUCCAAAUCAACGCCACUGAACUCUCCCACAUCGUUGAGUCCCACAUCGUUGAGUCCUGUUCGAUCGUUGCCUCAGGGUCACCAUCUAGUCUACUUCCCUCUGCAGACCCCGCCGUCCAGGCUCAUGCCAGACGGUACGGAUCCGGAUCACUGCCCCGGAGCGCCGUUUACGCGUCGCCUCUGGGCGGGCGGCGAGGUCAGCUUUCGCGAGGCCUGGGAACAUGAGCUUUGCCUAGAUGGACGGCGGGCGGAGUGCAUCGAGAGCGUGGAUGAUGUGCGGGCCGAGAAGGGGAGGGUUUGGGUCGAGCUCUGGCGUCGGUACGCGGCGGCAGAUGCCGCCGGUGGUAAUAAAAGUCCCGCAAUCGAGGAAAGGAGGACGCUGGCCUUUCUUCCAGAUGUUGAUACUUCCGCACCGACUCGGCGCGGCUUGAAACCCCCCCAUAAGUCGACGGCGUCUCUCUCUCUUACGCCAACGCAGAACCUCCUCACCAACUUCAGCGCCCUGACGUACAACGCGCACGCAAUCCACCUGGACCCAGCGUGGGCCGCGAAGGAAGGACACGCGGCGACGUUAGUUCACGGACCCCUUUCUCUCGCGCUGAUGCUCACGUUCCUCAAUGGGUUGGGCAACGGGCAACGCGUGCGUUGGUACGGGUACCGGAACCUGACGCCACUGUAUUGCGGUCGCGAGAUGAAGCUUUGCGUUCGCGAAAAGGAAGCCGCACGGGUUGGGAGCGAGAAGGAAAGGAGGUGGGACGUGUGGAUCGAGGGAGAUGACGGGGUAAUGGCAGUCAAGGGGGUUGCCACGACUGUUGACGUCUAGGUUGUGGGUCAAAGAGAUUGUGGAAUGAUAAAGCUCGAUGUGAUUACAGGAAAGCGCUUUAUGCAGGAGCAUUAAUCGGGGGCAUGGUUGCUAAAACGACUGUUGAGGACCGCCCAAAUAGGUGUCCCGAAACUACUUGUUUGUGUACAAAGUUGACGACUGUUGACGCAAAGCAAUCUCGCAACGACUAAGUUUCCAAUUCCCUGUUUCUCUCUUCCUCGGAUGGUUGACAGGCGUGCACAACUCCUGCCUGUUCAUUAUGCUAUGGCUUCUAGAGCACAUCACAAGUUGGCUGCACUAUGACAAUCAACCAAG